AUGAGUAGUCGCAAAAGCACCGCUUCUAGCUUACUGUUACGGCAAUAUAGAGAACUUACUGAUCCUAAGAAAGCUAUUCCCUCAUUUCAUAUAGAACUAGAGGAUGAUUCAAAUAUUUUCACUUGGAACAUAGGUGUUAUGGUGCUAAAUGAGGAUUCCAUUUAUCAUGGAGGGUUUUUCAAAGCUCAAAUGAGAUUUCCGGAAGACUUUCCCUUUUCUCCACCACAGUUUCGAUUUACGCCGGCUAUCUACCAUCCAAACGUUUACAGGGAUGGCAGGCUUUGUAUUUCUAUUUUACAUCAAAGUGGGGAUCCUAUGACCGACGAACCUGAUGCUGAAACGUGGUCCCCCGUGCAGACCGUGGAAAGUGUGUUGAUCUCUAUAGUAUCUCUAUUAGAGGACCCCAAUAUCAACUCGCCAGCAAAUGUCGAUGCCGCUGUUGAUUACAGAAAGAACCCUGAACAAUACAAGCAAAGAGUCAAAAUGGAAGUGGAAAGAUCGAAACAAGAUAUCCCUAAAGGUUUCAUAAUGCCCACUUCUGAAUCGGCGUACAUAUCUCAAAGUAAACUAGAUGAACCAGAAUCGAAUAAGGAUAUGGCGGAUAAUUUUUGGUAUGAUAGUGAUUUGGACGACGAUGAGAACGGGUCCGUCAUUUUACAAGACGACGACUACGACGAUGGAAACAACCAUAUCCCCUUUGAAGAUGAUGACGUUUACAACUAUAACGACAACGACGACGAUGACGAAAGAAUCGAAUUCGAAGAUGAUGACGAUGAUGACGACGAUAGUAUAGAUAACGACAGCGUCAUGGAUAGGAAACAACCCCACAAGGCUGAAGAUGAAAGUGAAGAUGUGGAGGAUGUAGAAAGAGUUUCAAAGAAAAUAUAA